CAGCCGAGGCCCGAGCAGCCGUCUGGGCCCCGCCCCCCGCCCCCGCGCAGUGCCCGCGAUGCGACAUGGGCGGCGGGGGCGAGAAGGGCAAGGGCGCGAAAGGCAAGGGAGAGAAGGGCGAGAAGGGCAAGGGCAAGAAAGGCAGGGCGGACGCUUCGGCCGUGCCCUGCAAGUUUUUCGGCACGCCGACCGGCUGCACCAACAGCUGGUGCCCGUUUCUGCACGACCUGCCCUCCACCGCCAGCGCCAGCAAACCGCCGAACGGUUCCGCCCAGAAGCCUCCUAGCAAGGGGGGCGGCGCGUGCGCCGGCCCGGACGGGCUCUGCAAGUUCUUCGGCAGCGCCAAGGGCUGCAGCACCGACAACUGCCCGUUCUCGCACGAGCAGCCGAAUUGUGGCGCCCUGCAGCUUCAAGCAGAAGACGGGCAGCUGCGACAAGGGAGACGCCUGCACGUUUCGCCACAUGCCCUGGGCCUCCGCCGCGCAGGCACGUCAGUUCUACGCCUCCCGCGCGAAGGGCGCUGUGGAGUUGAGCCAGAAGCAGUACAGGGCGCUGCACCGCGACGGCGGCGAGCCCGUCUCAGCCAAGCUGAAGGCGGAGCACGUGGAGAUGGAGCUAAUAGUGCAGCAGGAGAUGCACGAGGAGACCUACGGCCACGCCGCGAUGAGGAUGAUGGAGAAGAUGGGCUACAAGGCCGGCGCCGGGCUGGGCAAGGAGGAGCAGGGCAACACCAAGCUGGUGGCUCCCUGCGUCGCCCUGGAGAAGGCCUCGCAGGCACUGAUCCUCGGGCAGGGCACGUACUGCGUGGACGCGCGCGCCACCGCGGCAGAGCGCGCGGCGCGCCUCGCGGACGCGCGCGCACAGAAGCGGCCCCGCCUGGAGGAGACCCCGGAACCGCCUUCGUGCAGCACAACCUUCUUAGCGACGACGACAGCAGCGACGGGGAGGAUCGGACAAGUUGGCGAAGACGAGGGACAGGCAGCUCCAGCUCUGACGGGGGCUGGCCCGGCGUUAGCGGCGGCGGCCUCUAA